AAAGACAAGCCAUCAUUAGGAGGGGCCCGUAUGACGUGGCAUGACUUUUAGCCGAAGGAAAAAAAAUCCAAAAAAGAAAACAAAUUCCGCCAAUGGCGAGACCUAUUCUUCCCCAAGCUCCCAUUUUUUUGUCUGCUAAAGCCUCCCGCUUUCCCUCUGCGUCAAAGAGAAAACAAAGGUUGACUCUCACACAGAUCUUGGGGGCCUCUCAUUAUCUCUCUGUAAGCAUUUACUUCCAUUUUCUCUUCCCCAUUUUCUGUAUUUCAAGAUCUGCAAAAGUUCUACAUCAAUUUGGUUGAUUCUUUUGUUUAUUUAAUGGAUAGCAAUUACACAGCUAUUCCCAAGAACUCCUUCGUAGAAUUACAAUUGAAUCAUGAUCCUGAAGGACCUUCACACCCAGAAAACACCCACAUCAAAUUGCUCCCUCUUAAUGAUAGGGAGGAAUUUAUAGAUCCCCAGAUCGAGAAUGCUAAAAUUUUAGGUGAUAAUGAUGGUGGUGGUGGGGGUGAUUAUGAUGAUGAUGAUGAUUUUGAUAUUGAUAGUUAUCCUCUUGUUCUUUCUAAAUCCAAUAAUGGAUCUGGAAUUUACGGUGCGGUUUUUAAUCUCACCACAACUAUUAUUGGGGCCGGGAUUAUGGCAUUGCCAGCUACAAUGAAGGUUCUUGGAUUGGGUUUAGGGAUUGUGUUGAUCAUUCUGAUGGGUAUUGUCUCUGAAAUCAGCGUUGAAUUAUUAAUUAGGUUUUCCGCUCUUUGUAAGGCUUCUUCCUACGGUGAAGUUGUCGAAUGUGCUUUAGGGAAAACUGCCAGGGUUUUGUCCGAGAUUUGUAUAAUUGUGAACAAUGCAGGUUUUAUGGUUGUCUAUUUGAUAAUUAUAGGUGAUGUUUUGUCUGGAUCUUUCCAUCAUGUUGGGGUUUUAGAUCAAUGGUUAGGACAUGGUGUGUGGGAUCAUAGGAAGCUGGUGAUUUUGGUUGUGGUUGUGAUUUUUCUUGCACCUCUCUGUGCUCUGGAUAAGAUUGAUUCACUUAGCUUAACAUCAGCUGCUUCUGUGGUUUUGGCUGUUGUCUUUGUUGUGGUAUGUUUUAUUGUUGCUUUUAUUAAGCUUGUUGAAGGCAAAAUUGAGGUUCCAAGAAUGACUCCUGAUUUUGGUUCAAAGAAGGCCAUUUUGGAUUUGCUUGUGGUGAUUCCCAUCACGACAAAUGCUUAUGUCUGCCAUUUUAAUGUUCAGCCUAUAUAUAAUGAACUUGAAGGUCGAUCACCCCAGAAGAUGAACCAAGUGGGGAGAAUUACAACUAUUCUUUGCGUUAUUGUUUAUGCUUCGACUGCCAUUUCAGGUUAUUUACUCUUUGGGAAGGAUACUGAAGCUGAUGUGCUGACCAAUUUCGACGUAGACCUCGGGAUUCCUUUUAGCUCUGCCAUAGAUUAUAUUGUGAGGGUUGGGUAUGUUCUUCAUUUGGUUCUUGUUUUUCCUGUUGUUCAUUUCUCUUUAAGGCAAACAGUGGAUGAUAUGGUGUUUGAGGGAUCAGCUCCACUCGCGGAGAGCAGGAAAAGAUCUUUAGCAUUAACUGCAGUGCUAUUGGGAUUGAUUUAUUUUGGCUCUACUAUGGUGCCAAACAUUUGGACAGCUUUCAAAUUCACAGGGGCAACUACAGCAGUGUCAUUAGGUUUUAUAUUUCCGUCUCUUAUUGCACUGAAAUUAAGUGAUCGAGGCGAGAGUUUGAGCCAUGGAGAGAAGUUGUUGUCAUGGUUUAUGCUAAUCAUGGCAAUAAUAGUUAGCAUUGUUGGAGUAAUUGGAAAUAUUUAUAGCCUUAAAGGCCAAUCCAAAUGAUAUUCUUCUUACAGCUUUUGGUGUUAGUUUCUAUGCAAAAAGCAUUGCCAAUUUUCUCCAGAUUCGAGUGGGUGAUAAUUUCUCUGGUGUCUGCCCAUUUCAGACAACCAAAUCUAAUUGGGAAAUUGAUGGACCUCUGGCAAAAUGUUGUUUCAGAUUGCACAGAUGUGAUGAGGUUCUUACAAAAGCUCAGACAGAUCUGGAGGGUGCCCUGAUGUUUGACACACAGAGACUAUCAGACAACUGUAACAAACCAUUUGAAGAAUGUUUAGGUAAAAUACUUUUUAUUUAGUUUAUAUUUAUAUGACACCCACUAUGUUUAAGUUAAUGAAGAACAUACAUCUCAGUUGCAGUAGGAUUUUGUUGUUUCUUUUGCCACGAAUGUCAUUCUAAAUGUAUACUCCAACAGCAAGAAUGCUGCAAUAAGGUGAUCUUUUUCUUUUUUCUUUCCCAUAUUAUUAGACUGUAUUCCUAUCCUGUUUGCUCUCAAUGCUAAACUUGCCAUUGAUUGCUAUCGAUUGUAGUUUGUUUUUCCUAUUAAUGAAGGAAGUAUUAUAUUUUAA